AUGUCUUCACGGGCCCUGCGGCGUGCUCAGAAAGAGCUGGAAGAGCGGCAACGCUUGGAAAAAGCGGCCCAAAGGAUAGAGCACGACAAGGAAGAGGCGUCAGAGGAAGAAGAAGAAGAAGAAGAAGAAGAAGCGACAAUAGCGCAUCCCACGACACCGAAGCCUAGUUUAUUCGCCUUGCUUGGAGAUGCAGACGGUGACGACGAAGAUGAGCCCCCAGACGCCGCGGACGAGGCUCCGGAUGAAGCUCGAAAAGCAGACGCCGACCUGCCUCAAGCACCCAAGCUCUCCAAGAAGAGCAAAAAGAAGAAAAAGAAGGGCAAGGGCAAAGGGAAAACUCCAGAGCUGGAGAAAACGGCUGCUCGAUCCAAUGACUUGUCGGGUCUUGAUGAGAUUGACCAGGCGCUGCUUGCACUCAAUCUCAGCGCAAAUGCAAAAUCUGGCGAUAGAUCUGCCCAGCUAACCUCGAUUAUCAGCGGAGAGAUGCAGCAACUGUACUCUGUCCUAGCCGUGGAUACGCAGCAUCUGCAUGCUGCGAACGAGAUGCGUAAACUCUUCGGCCGUGCCGCAGUCCAGAGCGGCGAUGACGAUGAGCCACGAGCGAGACAGCGGCACGGCCAGCAAGGUGGUAUUGCUGCAGCAGUUGCAGGCCGAAAUGCGCCAGGACGUAAUCUCGCUUCCCUGGGACUGCGCCGGAACAUCUUCAUACAAGGAAAAGAAGAAUGGCCACGCGCAACGUCAGGCGGCCUGGGUAUGGAGGUGGUGGAGAGGCGGUCCGAUGGCUCCGUUGAGUACCGGUUCAUACACAAUAUGACCUAUCAGUCCGUUCAGAGGCAGUUCGAGACAUGCGUCGCGUCUAUGGAUCCGGAGCGAAUGAUCCAUCUCCUCCACUUCAACCCAUAUCACAUCUCCACACUACUUCAAGUUUCGGAGAUCGCCAAGCAGCAACGAGACAAUGCAACCGCUGGCGAGCUAUUGGAGCGGGCGCUAUUCUCUUUCGGUAGAGCAGUGCACUCGACCUUUGCGAGCAAUCUUUCCCAAGGCAAAGCCCGUCUUGACUUUCGGCGCCCGGAAAACCGCGAGUUUUGGCUGGCAGUCUGGCGUUACAUUGCUACGCUCGAAAUCCGCGCAACAUGGCGCACCGCUUUCGAAUGGGCCAAGCUAUUGCUCAGCAUGGCUCCGGAGGACGACCCGUACUGCAUACGGCUAUUGAUCGAUCAACUGGCACUACGAGGCCGAGAACCUCAGGCUUUGGUUGACAUAGCGGCGUCGGAUCAUUUGCAGCGUGCCUGGAAAAUUCCGCCUAAUCUCGCCUACUCAGUGGCACUCGCUCACGCCCGCCUCAAGAAGCCUGAGGAGGCCAGGAAAUCACUUCGAUUGGCCAUAAAGGAAUACCCUUGGAUUGCUGCCCGUAUCUGCAAAGAGUUGGAAAUUUCGCCCAUACCGAAGUCAAUAUGGGGGAAAGAGCCUCUAGGAGAUCAUCAAGAGCUGCUAUGUCAGCUGUACGUACCACGCGCCAAGGAUCUCUGGAAUACAACAGAAGCGACGUCGCUUCUAGUCGAAGUUUGCUACUCAUUUGAGGAGCCAAUCGACGGGCCUGAGACCCCAUACUGGCUUGCGGAUAUCAACGAGGUGGAUCUUGCUCGCCAUGUUAUCCUUUCAGACGAUCGCUCCCUCUUAAGCCUCCUCGAUCCACGCAUCAAGGCGAAAUACACUUCUACAUCGGACCCGCUACCGCCCGACGAUAACAUCAAUUCCUACAGCAUCUCUGCAGGAGGACAUGGCGCGCAAAACGUCGGCGGCAAUCAAGCCCAACUUCUUGCCGAACUUGAGCGAUUGCGGCAGUACUUCUCAACCAUCGACCUGGGGGAGCAAAUGAACAUCGAAGGUGAUCUGACCGAAGACGAGCUCUUGCGUGCACUCGAGCGGGCAGGGACUUCCUAUGAGGAGUUCAGGAGGAAUGCGGAGAGAGUGCAACUUCUGAGGCUGCGAUUGCAGGACUUGGGUGUGCAAGUCAUCUUCCAGGGAGAGGACGACGGAGAUAGGGAGCCAGCCACGGACUCUGAUGGAUGA